AUGCUUCCUUUGGCUGUUCCAAGUUUCAUGGAACACAGUCCAGAAGUUUGGUUUAAGAUAUUCGAGAUCGAACUAGAAAAUAAGGGCAUAACGGCGGACCGUCCAAGGUACAAUCAGCUCGUCCCACGCCUUCCUCCGUCGGUAGUGACGCUGAUUGAGGACAUUCUACUCUGCCCAUCGAAUGAGGCAAAGUAUGAAACGAUGAAGCAAGCGAUUUUGAAAGAGUUACGACCCAGCGCACGAACACGAUUUGAGCAGCUCAAUGGUCUCAAGCUUGGAGAUCGCAAGCCGUCGACAUUGCUCCGCGAACUUCAGCGCAUCGCUGGUCCCUUAUUCUUGAGCGAAGAAGGGAUAAAGGAGCUGUGGUUUGCACGUCUCCCAGAGCCAUUGCCGGUAAUGCUGUCCAUGUUUAUAGAUGCACCCUUGAAAGACUUAGCUACCAAGGCAGACGCUGCGUUCGAACGUUUUCCGCAGCAGACGACCAGUAACUCCGGUGACGUAUUCUCACCGAUGAAAACCGAAUCUAAUGUUUGUUCCCAGUCGCUAGACCGAUCUGACUCUAAAGAUGAGGAAAUUGCGCUACUUCGCAGCAGGAUAGCAGCAAUGAAGGCUUCGAAGCAGCGUGUGCCACGGUCAAAUGCUGACCACGUUUUGGCUACCGUUCAUUGCGGCUCGUCUGUGCCUGCACCGAAUACGUCACGUUCGGCACGAAAGCGCCACAUUUUCCUUACAAGUUCUCAGUCAGAUAAUGUCAAGCCCGUCGAAGAAGUAUGUUGGUAUCACCGCCAAUACGGUGGAAGAGCUAGACGUUGUCGGGCUCCCUGCAUUAGGCACGACCCUGGGAAAACGAAUAGCCCGCAUACUAGCACUACAAACGUAUCAUGCAAUAACCAAGCAAACCGACUGUUUUACGUUAAGGAUCGACGUUCUUCCAUCACGUUCCUCAUCGACACGGGAGCGGAAGUCAGCGUCAUCCCAGCGACCGCUAGCGACAAGCACUCGAAGCCUACGUACAAUUUGCGUGCGGCCAACGGUUCUCCGAUAGCUUCAUUCGGUCAGCGCAUGAUGAACCUAGACCUCAAUCUUCGCCGAGAUUUUCAGUGGGUCUUCAUGGUUGCGUCUGUACCCUUCGCAAUUAUCGGUAUCGACUUCCUCCGACAUUUUGGGUUGCUUGUUGAUGCUGGUCGCCACAGACUUUUAGACGACCGUACGAAACUAGGUGUUGAUGGUGUCCUUUCAGAUGCCCCGGUAAUCAGCCCUGUAUUUCGGAUCGCAGACGCACCGUCCGACUACUUGAGCCUCCUCUCCGAAUACCCGCGACUGGUUCGACCGGCUGCAGAGCUUCCACCAGUCACGACAGAGGUCGCUCACCACAUAGUUACGCGCGGUCAACCAGUUAGUGCACGACCAAGACGGCUUGCUCCAGACAAACUACGGGCAGCACGAGCCGAAUUUGACCACAUGCUUCAACUUGGUAUCGUCAGACCGUCCAACAGCCCAUGGGCGUCGCCUCUGCACAUGGUCCCGAAGAAGGUUGUGGGGGACUGGCGUCCUUGCGGCGACUAUCGAUCCUUAAAUACGGUGACCACGCCCGAUCGCUAUCCGAUACCACACAUAGUGGAUCUCACCGCCAGUCUGGCGGGUAAAAGUAUCUUCAGCAAAAUCGACUUGGUACGCGCAUACAACCAAAUUCCGGUAGCCGAGGCGGACAUCGCUAAAACUGCCGUGACGACUCCAUUUGGUUUGUUCGAGUUUCUGCGUAUGCCAUUUGGCCUAAAGAACGCCGCGCAAACUUUUCAGCGUUUCAUCGACCAAGUUUGUCGCGGCUUAGACUUCGCUUACGCGUAUCUUGACGACAUUUUAAUCGCAAGCUCUUCACGAGAAGAGCACAUACGCCACGUACGAACACUUUUUGAUCGUUUAUCUCAACACGGGGUGACGAUCAACGCAGAAAAGUGUUCGUUUGGUGUCGAUUCAGUUAAUUUCCUGGGCCAUCGUAUCUCUUCUGCAGGCGUCGUGCCACUGCAAGAUAAAAUUCAAGCCAUUAUCGACUACCCCGAGCCUCAUUCUUUCAAACAGCUCAGGCGUUUUGAUGGCCUGGUCAACUUUUACCGUCGAUUUAUACCCAACUGCGCCUCUCUGAUGCAACCCCUCACGGACCUUCUCCGAGGGAAACUAAAGACGUUCGAAUUUCCUACCGCA